AUGAGCCCCCGGUGCUUCAUCAUCCGCCACGGCGAGACCGAAUGGUCCCUCAACGGCCGCCACACGGGCACCACCGACCUGCCCCUCACCGCAAACGGGGAGAAACGCAUCAAAGCCACCGGCAAGGCCCUGGUGGGGAAUGACCGAUUGAUCGCGCCGCGGAAGGUCGUUCAUGUAUACGUCUCGCCACGAGCCCGCGCGCAACGGACGCUUGAACUGCUCGAGAUCGGGUGCAAGGAGCGGCUGCCGUGGACGGCGGCGCGCAAGCCCGAGGUGGAGGAGCCGAUCCGCACGGAGGCGCGGGUGGAGGUGACAGAGGCGGUGCGCGAGUGGGACUACGGCGACUACGAGGGGUUGACGAGCCAGCAGAUCCGGGAGGUGCGGGCGCGGAACGGGGAAGGGAGCUGGGAUAUUUGGCGCGAUGGGUGUCCCGGGGGAGAAUCCCCCGAAGACGUGAUCAAGCGGCUCGACGCCCUCAUCGCCGAGAUUCGCGCCAAAUACCACGGCCCGUGUUUCGAGUCCGAGUCUGCCAAGGGGGAUGUCCUAAUCGUGGCGCAUGGACAUAUCCUGCGGGCGUUUGCGAUGCGGUGGACGGGUAAGCCGUUGACGGAGACGGCCUUGAUUUUGGAGGCUGGUGGUGUGGGCACGUUGAGUUACGAGCACCACAGCAUCGACGAGCCGGCGAUCAUCCUAGGUGGAGGGUUCGUGGUCGACUCCUGA